UUUUAGUACAAAUUCGGCGCAGGAACGAGCAACGCGCCCUCUUUCCGACCACAAAGUACCACGCGAUGUUCCCACCCAGACCGACCGAUCAUCUCCAGCUUCCGAUCUCCAUUCCGAUAGCCGCUCACACCCUUCCGGAUGCGAUUGUCAGGCCGGCUGAUGUUGAUGCUGAUGAUUCCAUGAUCCUGGACAGUCUUGACUUGGAGGCGGAUGUCGAUGAUAGCCGCAAGGAGCUCUUCGAAGGCUACUCGGAUGAGCUGCUCACGUUCGCCUGGCUGGCCUGCAUAGUCUUCAUUAUUGUGGGUGUUCCCGGCAAUCUACUCACCAUCAUCGCCCUCUCCCGUGGCCGUCAGACUCGCAACUCCACCGCCAUUUUCAUCAUUAAUCUGUCCUGUUCGGAUCUCCUCUUCGGAUGCUUCAAUCUUCCCCUGGCCGCGUCCACAUUCAUAAAGAGGGCCUGGACUCAUGGCGAUUUUCUGUGCCGAUUGUUUCCCAUGUUGCGUUACGGUUUAUUGGCCGUGUCAUUGCUUUCCGUCUCACUGAUCACCAUCAACCGGUACAUCAUCAUCGCCCAUCCCCGCCAGUACCCCAGGAUCUACCAGAGACGGUACUUGGCAUUAAUGGUGGCCGGCACAUGGAUCACCACCUUCUCCAUCAUGAUACCUACCUGGCGUGGUGUUUGGGGGCGCUUUGGUCUGGACGAUAGCAUCGGAUCCUGCUCCAUCCUCCACGAUCGCUACGGCAGAUCCCCCAAGGAGUUCCUCUUCAUUGCGGCCUUCAUGGUGCCCUGUAUUUGCAUUGUCAUCUGCUAUGCCAGGAUCUUUCUGCUGGUGAGGAAGGCGGCGAUGCGGGCCGGCAUGGCCAACAAGAGCAAUCUCAGUGAGGUGACAACCCCCAGCUCCCAGAACCAGUCCCAGGCCAUGGCUAUGCCCAAGAGGCCGGAGAAGGCGAGUACUUCGAGUGGAGAGGUCCAGGCGAGUCCCCAGCAGGAGCCGCGACCCUUUGUGGUGGAGGAGCACUUGGCCUACAUCGAUGACAAUGCCUCGGCGAAUAGCCUGCCCAUAUCCUACAGCAUUCGGAGGCGGGAACAGGACCAGCAGCAGCUACCCGUGGACGUCAAUGUGGUGUUGAGAGAAAAGGAGCGGGAACGUGAAAAAGAGCUGGAAAAGAUUAGCCUGGGAAGGAGUCAGACCCAGCUGGAGCUGAAUAAGAAUUCCGGUAAAAAUCCCAUCACCACUUCCCUGCGCACUUCCUUCACCCGGUUCAGUCCCCGGAAAUCGCACUACGCCUCCAUGGGCAAUACCUCGAAUGCCUCCUCCAUAUAUCCCGGCAAGAUGAGCGCCAAGGAUCGGCGACUCCUCAAAAUGAUACUCGUGAUCUUUGUGUGGUUCGUGGUCUGCUAUCUGCCCAUCACGGUCGCCAAGAUCUGGAAGAGUGCCACGGAAGUGCAUUGGUUUAAUAUCGCCGGCUAUCUGCUCAUCUAUCUGACGACCUGUAUUAAUCCAUUGAUCUAUGUCCUGAUGAGUUCGGAGUAUAGACGCGCCUAUUGGAAUCUCCUGCGCUGUCACGGAGCUCCCGAUCCCCACAAGCAGAGGCUGGCGAAUGCCAAGAGGAAGCACCUGGAAUCGAAUCGUCAGGCGAAGGCCGCAACGUGAUUCCCGACGUUGCUUCCAAUUCAUAAAAUAUAUAUCGUCAUUGCCUUGAAAGUCCUCCGUCCGCAGCAGGAUAUAUGAUAUAAUAUACUAUAAUACUAUAAUAUAUAUAAAAUAUAUAAAGGUUGUAUAUCAGUAGAGAUUUUAAAGCCUACUUUUUGGCAUACAAAUAAG